GACUGAAAAACAGACGAUCAGAUUCACCUUCAGACCAAACUAACAACUUCCUCUGAGUGAGUACAGCUACACGAGAGAAAAGUGGAAAACUAGAACUCUGCUGCUUCAACCUGCUGACUCUCCACACACUGAAUCUUCACUUGGAGUCAAAAUGUCUUCCAGAUCAGAGGAGGAUCUCCGCUGUCCGGUCUGUCAUGACAUCUUUAGAGAUCCUGUUGUUCUGUCAUGUAGCCACAGCUUCUGUAAAGACUGUCUGAAGAGCUGGUGGAGAGAGAAACUAACACGUGGGUGUCCAGUUUGUAGGAAAAGAUCUUCAAUUGAAGAACCACCUGUUAGUCUGGUGUUAAAGAAGCUGUGUGAGUCCUUCUUACAGGACAGAGAUCAGAGAGCUUCAGAGGCUCUCUGCAGUCUGCACUCUGAGAAACUCAAACUCUUCUGUCUGGACCAUCAGCAGCCAGUGUGUGUCGUCUGCAGAGAUUCAGAACAACACACCAACCACAGAUUGAGACCCGUUGAUGAAGCUGCACGACAACACAAGAAGAUACUUGAGGAAACUCUGAAGCCCUUAAAGGAGAAGUUAGAGGUUUGUGAACAAGUUAAAGUGAAGUUUGAUCAAACAGCAGAACACAUUGAGGUCCAGGCCCAACACACAGAGAGGCAGAUUAAGGAGCAGUUUAAGAAGCUUCACCAGUUUCUAGAAGAGGAAGAGGAGGCCAGGAUGGCUGCUCUGAGGGAGGAAGAGGAGCAGAAGAGUCAGAUGAUGAAGGAGAACAUGGAGGCUCUGAGCAAAGAUAUAGCAGCCCUUUCACACACAGUCAGAGCCACAGAGGAGGAGCUGAGAUCUGAAGACGUCUCAUUCCUGCACAACUACAAGGCUGCAGUGGAAAAAGUCCAGCUCUGCCUCCUGCUGGAUGAUCCACAGCUGCUCUCAGGAGCUCUGAUAGACCAGGCCAAACACCUGGGCAACCUGACCUUCAACAUCUGGAACAAGAUGAAGGAGAUGGUCUCCUACACUCCUGUCAUUCUGGAUCCAAACACUGUUUAUCCAAGAUUCAUCCUUUCUGAAGAUCUGACCAGUAUGAGAUUUGGAGAGAAACAGCAGCUUCCUGAUAAUCCAGAGAGGUUUGAAUUCUUCUCUGUCCUGGGCUCUGAGGGCUUUAACUCAGGGACUCACAGCUGGGAUGUCGAGGUUGGAGACAAUACAAACUGGAUACUGGGUGUGUUAUCAGAGUCUGUCCAGAGGAAGGAAGACAUACAGUCUGGAUUAUGGACAAUCAUGUUCGAUGAAGGUAAAUACUCAGCACAGUCACCACCCACUCCCCCCACUGUUCUCCCAUUGAAGAAGAAGCUCCAGAGGAUCAGAGUGAAUCUGGACUGGAACAGAGGAAAUCUGUCAUUCUCUGAUCCUGAUACUAACACACACAUAGGCACCUUCACACACACUUUCACUGACAGACUGUUUCCAUACAUUAAAAUUUUGGAUAAACUCCCACUGAAGAUUUCCCCACUGAAGGUCUCUGUGACACUGGAACAGAGCAGUUAGAAAUGAUGAUGAUGGUUCUUAUAAUUACUCUCAUUUAAUUCUUAAGGGUUUUAUAUGUAGAAUUGUGAAGCAAUUUACA